UUCAGGCUGAUAUAACCUCACUCUUAGCAACGAACUCAUAAAGUGCCUCGUUUGUUAACUAAAUUGAGAUAAAGGGAAUCAGCUCUUGAAUGAGAUGACUGGACUAAGUCUCUGAAAGGGUUUAAUGAGUCAAUAAAAUGACGAGUGAUCAGAAUCAGACGAGUGAUAACCUGAAAAGCAGAAAAGAAAGGAAAGAAGAUACAGUGACGGCAAAAACGCUUGUGAACAAUGAAAGUCACAAAAUUCGACCCGGGACCGAUAGUUUUUCGAAUGUUAAUGAAAAACCUGUCGACGACAUCUCGAUCGAGUUUUUUUAUAAACCACAUACCAUCACCCUUCUUCUACUCUCGAUCGCAGCGGUCGUUUACUUCGCCUUUGUCAGGGACACUACCAAUGUAGAGGACAACUUGUGGGCAGGACUGAUGUGCGUCAUCUUCUUCUUCCUUAUAAUCUCAGUGCUAACAUUUCCAAAUGGACCAUUCACACGGCCACAUCCCGUAGUCUGGAGAAUAGUUUUUGGAUGCAGCGUCCUUUAUUUGAUGGGCCUGCUGUUCAUGUUGUUCCAGAGUUACGAGACUGUCCGGAAAAUUUUCGUAUGGAUCGAUCCCGGCUUGUCGUCUUUCCAUAUCGAUAUGGACAAAGAAUACGGCGUGAACUGUUCGGACAUAACUUUGGAAAAGAUCUGGAACCAUUUGGACGUGUUUGCCGCAGCUCAUUUUCUAGGCUGGGCAUUUAAAGCUGUACUCAUACGGCAUUUCGGCAUUCUCUGGGCAAUCAGUGUAAUGUGGGAAGUGACGGAAAUUGCAUUUGCUCAUCUGUUGCCAAACUUCCUUGAAUGCUGGUGGGAUGCCCUCAUUCUGGACGUUUUAGUGUGCAACGGUUUGGGCAUUUGGGUGGGACUGAAAAUUUGCCAGAUUCUCGAAAUGAGGGAAUACAAGUGGGUCAGUAUUCGCGAUAUCUCGAGCACGACUGGCAAACUGAAGAGAGCUGUUCUUCAAUUCACACCCGUUAGCUGGACUUCUGUCAGAUGGCUGGAUCCGACCUGCACUCACAUGAGAUUUGUCGCUCUUGUUCAACUAGUCAUCUUCUGGCAAGUCUCAGAACUCAACACUUUCUUUUUGAAACACGUCUACGAGUUUCCUCCGUCGCAUCCUUUCGUUAUUUCACGAUUGUUACUCAUCGGAGUUAUUGUAGCUCCUUCAGUCAAUCAGUACUACACAUACGUAACUGAUCCUGCUUGUCACCGAGUUGGAACCCAGUGCUGGGUGUAUGGCGCAAUUAUGGUUACAGAAGCUCUACUCUGUAUACGACAUGGUGCAGCACUUUUUGAACGCACUCAAGCUUUAAAUAUCCUCCUCUGGCUGCUGUGCCAAUCUCUAGUCUCAGUACUCUGUGUAUAUGGCUGUGUUCUCUGGCAUAAAUAUGUCGAGGUGAGUAUUCCGACGGAUAAACAAAGUACUCCUGAUCAGGACAAGAACCUCGCAGAAGCUAAUCUCUGUUGUGGAGACAUGGCAGGUGGUCAUAAAUCCGUGGGGUUCGUGGAGAAAAAAGAGAAUUGAAGACUACCACCAAUAAGAAUUUAUAUACAGGAAAAAGCACUAAACCACCAAGCUUUCUAGUCGUUCGACAGCUUACGAAUGUAAUUUCGUAUGUUGAUUUCAACCUAAAAGAAAUCCUGACUUCGCACGAUGGCUCUGCGUUUUCCGUUAAUCCUAUAUUUAGUAAUAAUACAAAAAAAAAGGAUUCGAAAAAAAAUGGCGAGGAAAACGUAAGCUGGAAUGCAAGAUUUGAAAGAAAAUGUAACGAAAGUAGUCAAUGCUAGGUCAAGCGAUAGAGUACCUGAGCACACGCGAACCUUAGUGAAAAAAUGGAAAACUUGGAUUAAAGAAGGAAAUUUGAGUUCUUGAAAAUUGCCCAAUUGGAAGGAACUAUUUCGUAAAUUUGAGAGAAGCUUUUUGGUAAAUUUUGUGACCGCGUAAAUUAGCUCGACGGAGCACAGAUCCCUUUUGGAAAAUUCGUUUCUCAUUAGGAGAUCGCAGUUGUGCCAAUGUAAAAAUAAUAUAUAAGCUAUAAACAUAAAAUGCGUAGUUUUCGAAUAAUCGUUUGAAGUCAGCGAGAUCUGAAUUUCGUGAAAACAUUCCUUACAUCGGGAAAUUCUCGCGUUAACGAAUUAAACAAGAAUGCCUGCGUUACAUUAUAAGAGACAAUCUGCCCUCAAUGAUAAAACAUGUUUAUAGCCUCCUGUUAAAGCACAAUGCUUGAGCAAAUUGUAAUCAUAAAAUUAUCAGAAAAUAUGAUUAAUGGCGUACUCAUUCAGUGAUGAGAAAUCGGAAUCUUUAGUGUGAUUUUUGUAAUGUAGGCUUAAGAGAAAAGACAUUUUUCUUUAUCGUUUAUUCUGAUGAUCGUGAACGAGUAGGGGAACCACCUUUCCUAGAGUGGAUAAUCAUUAAUUAAGAGCACAAAUAAAAGAAAAAUAAUUAAUUUUAACUUUUUCAGGGUAUCUACUCAAAUCCUGAAUAGAAAUUCCCUGAUAAUUCCAGGUUUUUUUCCCAGGUAUAAUUUUUCAUAGUACGGAACCAAUAAAAUGUCUCGAAUUUUUUCAAACAAUCGAUUCGGAAUAUGCAUACAGUUUUGCAAGUUUAUUAUGAAUAAUGUGUUUUUUUUUCAGUUUUCAGGGAUUCAAUUAAUAUAUUUAAUUUAGAAAGCUUUGAAAAAUUAUAUUACAAAAUAUUCUUAAAUAUACUAGCAGCCAAAA